GCCGUUGCCAUGGCAGCCAGACUCUCACAACACAGAGCGAGAAGAGAGAGCUGCCUGUCAGCCGCUGGGUUCCAUCCCAGUUUAAAGUCUAUGAAGAUUAUCUGGACUCCAGACUCACACUAAUGGAUUUAUUUGACCUAAAGAGCAGGGGUCCGGCUCGUUCCCUGGUGGAUCUGAGACUCAGGAGCUCGGUCCUGAAUGGAGACGAUGAGUCUGAGGAGAAGAGAGCAGGCGGAGCUGUGAGGAGCAACCGGAGCAGAACAAAGACACUGGCAAGUGGAGGAAAAGAACUCAAAGAUAACUUCCUGAGAGCGCUGGCAGAGCGGGAGGAGGCCAACCGCAGCGGGAAAAUCACUUCGAUCAUUUUCAUACGCGAUCAUAAUACUCUUGGACAGGAAGUGUCUGGAUAUAUAGACUACGCCCACAGACUCAGGACCCAAGAUUUUGAACCAUAUUUCAGUGGAAAGAAGCGGCUGGUGCCAGGACGCUCAGAUUUAUGCUACUACAACUGGAAGACACAGGUGUCCACGUCCAGCUCCAGCCCAAACUUUGAGGUGAUUUACGACGACCCCCGCGGCCUCCUCUUCAGGAACAAGAGGGACAAAAAGAUCCUGAGUGUGGACCCCUCGUGUGGUCCGGGGGAGGACUCCAUCAGGACGCUCCUGCACUCCGACCUCUACGUCCAUGUCGUCAUCUACGACCACAACAUCAGGACGCUGUGAGCUUCAGAGCCUGCCGCCGACACGUUGGUACAUGUGGCUCGUGUCGGAGGGCGCUGGGAGCCUCUGAUUUCACCAAGUCGCACCAUCAUUUACAAACUGUUCCUGGUAUCAUGCGUCCCAUCUGGGUGGAGGUGCUGCAGCGAGAACUUUAAACAGACGAUCCCAGAGGACGCAGCGGACGCAGCGGACCGGCUGCUGAUUUCAAAGAUUCUGAUGACAUUUAACUCCUGACUUCAGACAUUUUCAAACAGAUUAAUGAAACAUCUUCACUCCACUUCACUCCACUUCAUCCACCGGCGCUCGGUUUGUCUGGCGUUCCCCCCGAGCAGCGGAGAUAGUUAGGGGCAGGAACCGGCUCAGGACCCCGGACUGGUCCCGCCGUUCAGCCUGGCAUGUUUCGGGCUGUUUGUCUAAACAAAUUAAAGGCGUAAGAGCUUUGAAAGAUGAGGGGGGUUUGCUUUUAUGUCCUCCCCCAGGCUGCGGUAGCUCCAAUUGGACUGGGAGAAUGGGUAAUGGGCUUAAAGCAUUCCUCAUGUUCCCAGAUGUGAGGCACACGUUAGCAGACAUCAAAGUCCUCUAUCAUUGACAUAUUAGUCAUUCUCUGGGAGCGGGGGGACUCCAUGGACGACUUCUUCAGGAUUCAGGAAGUAGAAAAGCCUGCUGUGCUUCUUUGUUUUACAAACAUCCAAUCAGAAACAUGUAUCAGCAUGUAAAGGUGCAACAUGAAGAACUUUAUUACAAUGUUUACUUUCAAAUAUCUCAAUUAUUAAAAAUGGACUAAAACCUU